AUGAGAACCUCAUUCCUCUCUCUCUUUACCCUCAGCGGUCUCUUCGCCGGUUCCCUAGCCGCGCCGACUAUCUUCAGCCGUCAAGUCGGGCUCUGCGCGUCUGGUACUCCACAGUGCUGCGACCUCGACGUCCUCGGAAUCGCCAACCUCAACUGCCAGACUCCUCCAGAAGUGCCAACGGACAUCCAGAGCUUCAACGACAUCUGUGCAAGUGUUGGGCAGAUCAAUCAAUGCUGCCUCCUUCCGAUCCUCGGCCAAGCCCUCCUCUGCAACUCUCCCGACGGCUCGUAG